UUAGAGCGUGACCCUUAAACCCCAGCGGGACUGGGCUAAGUGGUUUUACACAGAGAAAGUAUAGUGAAGCUCUUUCUUGUUAUGGCUCAUCUAUCUUUCUUGCAGUUCUCUUCACUGCCCAGGUGGCAGUCAAGCUGGACAUUUUUCCCAAAUAGUAAUAUGAAGUUUUCGGAACUUCACUAUACUAGAUUAGAAAGUAGAUGGCAUCUUACUGCUGUCUCCAAGAGAGAGGUUACACGGGCAUUAGCCCAGGAGGCAUCAAAGGAGGGGGAUGUUGUAGAGAAAGAGACACGACCAAAAUCUAAACGAGCAAUUGCUAGGACUAGAAAGAAGGGGGCAACAGAAAAUCCAGAAAAUGGUUCUGUAUCUGUCGUGGACGGAAAUCCUACGGAUGAGGAAAAUAUGACUACUUCAGAUUCAAGUGACAAUACCAAGAAAACCCGCAGACGAACUAGGAAGAAAGAUACAUUGGCUACUAAUAACCUGGAGGCAGAAGCAGCAAAUAAGAAGGUGACAAGACGGAGAAGAACUAAGAAGCAGAUUGAUAAUGCUGUGGAUCAAGAUAGUGCUAUGGAAUUUAGUGAUCAGGAAGGAGAUGCAUUUAUUGCAGAUACAGAUAGUGAGCAGGAAAUGGGGCUUGAUUUGGAUGAGGGAGAGGAUAUCAGCUUCACUUAUGGCUGGCCACCUCUAGUUUGUUGCUUUGGUGCAGCGCAACAUGCAUUUGUUCCUGUGGGAAGGCGUUCUAACAGGCUUAUAGAUCAUGAAAUUCAUGAAAUAAAGAAGGAUGCAAUUUGGGCGCCUGAGAAAUUUGUUAGGUCCCCUGGUGGAUGUGCAAGUAAUGUUGCUGUAGCACUGGCAUGCUUGGGAGGUAAAGUAGCUUUCAUGGGGAAACUUGGAGAUGAUGCCUAUGGUCAGUCUUUGCUAUAUUUUUUGAACUUAAACAAGGUGCAGACUAGAUCAGUUCGGAUUGAUAGCAAAAGAGUUACAGCUGUAUCACAGAUGAAAAUAGGUAAGAGGGGUGGCUUGAGGAUGACUUGUGUCAAAUCAUGUGCAGAGGAUGCCUUGUUGACGUCUGAGAUUAAUAUUGACAUCUUGAAAGAGGCGAAAAUGUUUUACUUCAACACUUUCUCUCUGCUUGACCGGAAGAUGCGAUCAACUGCAUUGCAAGCCAUCAAAAUCUCAAAAAAGUUGGGAGGAAUUGUGUUUUAUGAUCUGAAUUUACCAUUACCACUAUGGCAAUCUGGUGAAGAAACCAAGACAUUCAUACAGAAAGCAUGGGCUCUUGCAGAUGUUAUUGAGGUCACCAAGCAAGAACUUGAAUUUCUUUGUGGCAUCAAGGCUUCUGAGGAAUUUGACACCAAAAAUAAUGACAGAUCUAAGUUUACUCAUUAUGCACCAGAAGUUGUUGCUCCUCUUUGGCAUGAAAAUCUUAAGGUUUUGUUCGUGACAAAUGGGACUUCAAAGAUUCAUUACUACACUACGGAGCACAAUGGUUCAGUUCUUGGAAUGGAGGACGGACCCCUUACUCCUUAUACAUCUGAUAUGUCUGCAUCUGGAGAUGGAAUUGUUGCAGGGAUUUUGAGGAUGUUGACAGUCCAGCCACAUCUUUUAACUGAUAAAGGUUAUUUAGAACACACUAUCAAGUAUGCUAUCAGCUGUGGAGUAAUAGACCAGUGGCUACAGGCACGGAAACUUGGUUACCCUGCUAAAGAAGGUAUGGAAGAUGAUUUUAUUCCUGAUUCGAAUGGGAUAAGGUCCAUAACAGAAAAAGAAUUUCGAACAUUGGUGCGUGCGAGCUAAUGCCAUUGAUACUCCAGUCAUUAGGAUCGUUUAUUUCAUAUGAUUCUGACAAGCUAAAUUUUGCCAUUCUUUUAAAGUAAACAUUGUCUUUUGUUUUAAAUCAUCCCUUUUAGUCACUGCUACAGUUGUGCACGUAAGUUUGUGCUAGCGUUUGAGUGCUGUACAUCUCAUAGCAUCAAAACAUCAAGCUUUACUUAGUCAAGAUUCUCUAGUUAAUGUAGUGCCCUGCCUCAAAUGUAACUUCUGUUUCUUCCUUUGGACUUCCAGAGAGAAUGAACGAAUAUUUGGUUGGCAAACAAGUUGUAUCUUUCUCUGUCACAUUUCAUGGGCUAAUAAUGUACAUCAGAUCUUGGACUA